CCCAGGAGCUCCUCCUCCUCCCUCCUAAGGGCUGGUGGUUGCUAGGGCGACAGGAACACAAUAUGGCAGCCAGGUCCUAACGCUCUUCAGCCAGGGACCACCGCGAAGGUCCUCGAGCCGGAAGCCGCCUCAGGAAAGCAGAAGGCCGGUGCCACAGUCUCCGCUUUUCUUUUCGGCCGACCUGGGCGUGUCGCCGUCAUCCGCGUUCAGGAUGAAGAACUACAAAGCAAUUGGCAAGAUAGGAGAGGGAACGUUUUCUGAAGUUAUGAAGAUGCAGAACCUGAGAGACGGAAACUACUAUGCAUGUAAGCAAAUGAAGCAGCACUUCGAAAGUAUUGAGCAAGUGAACAAUCUACGAGAGAUACAAGCCCUGAGGCGCCUGAAUCCACACCCAAACAUUCUUACGUUGCAUGAAGUGGUUUUUGACAGAAAAUCUGGUUCUCUUGCACUAAUAUGUGAACUUAUGGACAUGAAUAUUUAUGAGCUAAUACGAGGGAGAAGACAUCCAUUAUCAGAGAAAAAGAUCAUGCAUUAUAUGUACCAAUUAUGCAAAUCGCUCGACCACAUGCACAGAAACGGGAUAUUUCACAGAGAUGUAAAACCAGAAAAUAUCCUAGUAAAGCAGGAUGUCCUGAAACUAGGGGACUUUGGGUCGUGCCGCAGUGUCUAUUCCAAGCAGCCCUACACAGAGUACAUCUCUACCCGGUGGUACCGGGCCCCAGAGUGUCUCCUCACUGACGGGUUCUACACAUACAAGAUGGACCUGUGGAGCGCUGGCUGCGUGUUCUACGAGAUUGCCAGCCUGCAGCCACUCUUCCCUGGUGUAAAUGAACUGGACCAGAUCUCAAAAAUCCAUGAUGUCAUUGGUACCCCUUGUCAGAAGACCCUCACCAAGUUCAAACAGGAUCAGGAAUACCUCCACUGUCAGCCAAUCUGUCCCCGCAAUGCCUCUCCCUGCUGUGUGCAAUGGUGGCUUACGACCCUGAUGAACGAAUUGCGGCUCACCAAGCCCUUCAGCACCCCUAUUUCCAGAUGCAAAGGGCAGCUGAGACACAGACCCUGGCCAGCCACAGAAAAGCUUGCUUCCCCAAGCACCCCGUGGUGCCAGAGUCACCCAGUCACAACUGGCCAUUCUCAAAGGAGUGCAGAAAGCAGGAAGUUUGAUCAGGCAAAAGAGCGUCCUUUCCUUGACCUGAUUCCUGAGCGGGAAUUGAUCAGUGUUCUGUUUCAAGAAGCAGCCCCUGAGGCAAGAGGAGGGCCAUACCAGAAGACAAAGGCAAGCCAGCUUGAUGGAGCUGCCCAAACUGAGGCUGUCUGGAGUGGCCAAACUGUCCUCGUGCUCCAGCCCAACGCUGCGCUCAGUGCUGGGCACUGGCACAAACGGAAGAGUCCCUGUGUUGAGGCCCUUGAAGUGUGCUGGUGUGAACAAGAAGACAGACACGCAGAAGGACAUGAAACCUCACCUGAAACAGUAUCAUCUACCCACGAUCAACAGGAAAGGGGGCGAAUACUGACCAGCACACCACCUGCUGACCCUCUUGGAGAGCAAGAGCAGGCACCAAAGCAGGCUUAGGCCUCGGCGGCUGAGUGGAGGGCCAGAGGACACCGUGUGCUGGUGCUCCUCACCCUGUGUGGUGGCCCAGGACGUGCUGUGUUUGCAGCUGUCUAUAAGACGUCCUGGAGCCUUGUGUGUACAACCCCAAAGCAGCUGUACUCAGUAUUCCAGUUUAAUAUAUUUGUGAAACCACCACCACACUCCAGGGUUUAUUUCAUUUGCAUAAUGUCAGGGUUUGAAGUGACCUUCUAUGAAUCCACAGAGAAGAGCGUGGUAGCUCAUGCCUGCAAUUCCGCCCUGGGGAGGUGGAGGAGGAAGAGCCCUUCAUAUUAUCUCUGCCUCAAAAAACAAAUAAAAGACCAAUAUCUCUGUGAUGACUGACUUAGGCUUGGUUGAGAGGCGGCUGUGCACCGUGCACCUCAGGGUCUCCCGCCUGGACUGGCAGGUGUGGCCGUGGUACCUCACGGGAAUGCUGGAGACUGUCACUAAGUAAGGUGCUGAUGCAGUAUCUUAUCACAGUGUUCUCCACGUAAAUGUGUUUUGAGCUACUCCUCUGUGACAGCUUUCCAGAGCUGCAGGUGGCUGGGCUGACAGCCCCCACCCCACCCCCGGCAGGGCAGGCCUCUGGUGUCCUCCCAGUGCCAGCUUGGAGUGAUGUGUGUUGGCUGCCAGUCGCUAGGCUCCCUGAGAGAUGCACAGCCAGUUGUCAGGUUGCCGGCGUCGCUUGGAGCAGGUAGGAAAGUUGGGCACCUUGUGCCUGGAAAAAUGAAGAGGGGCUAGGGAGAUGGGGAGCGGGUAAGGGUGCUUGCAGCGUGAGAAGGGCACCAGAAUUCAGAUCCAUAGUGUCCACAUAAAAAGCUGGGUACUGUUACACCCCUGUAGCCUAUCGCUGGAGGAGGGAAGAGUGCCAAAUGGGGCAAAGACAGGAGGGUCUCUGGGGCCUUCCGGCCAAUGAUGGACCCAAACCAAACUGCAAGCUCCAGCUUCAGUGAGAGCCUCUCUCUCAGGGGAAUGAGUGGCGCAGACAGUAAAUGGCACCUGGCACACCGGGUGUCCUCCUUGGGCUAACACGCAAGUACACAGCCUAUGGGAGGAGGAUGGAAACCCUGUACAGGACUGUACUGAGUGCACUCAGAGCAAAAGCACCGUCAGACAGCUGGACAAGACCUUCCUAAACCUGUUAGCUUUUGUUUCGGCUUUUGCUGUGUUGGGGGCUGGAACCCAGGGCUCGUGUGCUCUGUAGCACUCUUGGCAGCAGCCUCACCUCUACUCAGCCCUGUGGAACAAAGGAAUCGAGUUUGCCUUGUUUUAUCUUUUCAAAUUUAUGCCAUUUAAAAAGCGAAACUUCCCAGGAAAGUGUUCUCAGAUCUCUGACCUGCUUCCUUCAGGACGCUACUGACCCAAGCCUCAGGCCACAGGUGGGUGUGAGGGGGCAGUGCCAGGAGCCAAAGGGCAGUGACGCUGUAGGAAGGUGUGGGACAGCAGAGGGCAGUGUGGGCAUGGAGCACUGUAGGUAUGGCUGUCCAGCACAGGCAUGGAGACUGGAUAUGAGGGUUAGAGUGGACAGAGCCAGGGACAGCGGGUGUCCCUGGCAUGGAGGAGAGCACCUAGCAGGGAAGGCCUGUCCUGCCUCUCCGAUGCUUUAGGAGCCUCAGUCCAGUAGGCCUUAGCCAGGCCAGCAGAAGGGACCCAGAGAUGGAAGCUAGUUCAGUAUGACAGGAUGGCCUGUAGGAGCUGCAAGGCUAGCAAGCUGGCCUGAGCCUGGUUAGGUGUUAGGGCAGAGAAGCCGUCCUUAGAAGGCUGCAGAAAGGACUGGAGGGAAAGCUCUUGGCUGUCUCUGCCUCCUGUGGGCCUAGCAUAGCCGCCCAGUUCUCCGUGGGUUCUCCCACGCAGUAGGAUUUGAACAGCAACCUCUCCCCAUUUUUGACUUGUCACCACAGCAUUCUGCGACAGCAAGGCAAAGAAGCUUCACCAUGCUAACUUCCACCUAACCUGCUCACAGACGCAAUGACGCAAUCUUCCCUCUACUUAGCCCCACCCAUGGAACAGCACUCACCCAGCCCCAGGUAAGUAUGCUGACUGUCACUUGCUGUGGCUCCAGGACCCGCUGUAUGCGGUGUCUGUAGCCUUGGGGCAGUUACUGAACCAUUUGGAAGGCAUCUUAGACCAUGUGUCUAGGGACUGAUCUUAGGAACAGAGCCAGAAAAUGUUGUUACUUACUGGCAGAGUUAUCCAAGGUAAACUGGGACACAGCUGAUCAAAUGAAGACAAGGAUGACACAGGCUGGGCUGAGACCGGGAAAGGACUGAGGACCCUGAGUGCUGAGAGCUGUGGAGUACAACUGGAAUAUCUCUUCAGACAGCGCUUCAGUUCUCACACAAGCACCCCUACCCUGGCACUGACCUCAUGUCCACCUGUCACUGCCUGCAGUCGGAGGAGCUAGAACAGAUCUGUUUGGGGCGAUCACUGGCUGCCAUGCUGCAGCUUGAUUUCGAGAGCGGUUCCCCACCACUUUCACGGGUGUUUUCAAAGGGCUGCACUUUCCUGUGUGCUCAGCACUCUGACAGGAGUGCGAAACGUCUAAAAUACGCUAGCACUUUCUUGUGAUGUGAUCUGAGUAUAUGAUUUAUAAGUUAUUUUACUUACACAGUGAGAUGGUGCGGUGCCUCCCGCCCUCAUGACCUAAGGUGGAUGGUAGAAGGAAAAGAAAUGACUCUCAAGUGUCCUCCAACUUCUAUACACACAGCAUGACCCUUACACUGAGUCUUCCACGAGGCAGUGGCAUGUCUGUCAUCCAUGGACUUGGGACUUGGAAGGCUGAAAGAGCAAGACGGCUUCCAGUUCGAGAUAAUGAUCUAAGCUACACUGAGUUCCAGGCUAGCCGAGGCUUGUCAACACAGAAACCAACAAAGCAAAACAAGAAAGAAGAAAUCGCGAGUCUUAGCAUCCUGUGUUGCACCUACCAAAGGCUGAGGAAUCUAGAGGCCUCCCAGGCAGCAGCAGACGCCAGUGGCUUCCCACGAACGUGGGCUCGCGUGGCUGUGAACUCUGCAGUAGCGUCACCCUGCUGCAGCCACAGCUGUUAAAAAGUCGGCCAACCCAGCAAAGCCCUGCCCUCCUUCCACAUGCCCCCAGUUUAAUGGACUCAUUCGGAGAAGUGCUGCAGAUACCUGGUGGCUUAGUCUCAAAGCCUUCAGGGCCCAGCUGGGUGAGUCUUCAAGAGCUAAGAAGGGCCCUUCUGCUUGGACAUUCAGGCUUUGUCUCUAAGUAGCUCCUACAGCAGCUCCAGGUGGGCGAAGAAUUCAAGCUGAGCACAAAGAUGCACGCGUGUGGACAAAACCCCGAAGCCGCGCUCAUGUCUGCGCCACCUCCGACACGGAGCUGCUGCAGGAGCUGUGGCAACUUUCGGUGUGUGCUCUCGGCUUUCAAGGGCAGCGGGUGGACUAUCAGCCGUAAGGAAAAGGCCAUGGGCCUACCCAGAAUCUCCAGGCCUCGGCAGUUCCCACGCUCUUUUGGAGUGUGAGGACUGGCCCAGACCCAAGAAUUAUCAACCAAGACAUGUUUCUAACAGUCAGCCUUACACAGGGAUCAAGGCGCAUGAUAUCCAAGAAUGAAGUAAUUCUGUGCUGACC